UAAGACAGCAGAGUUAUAUGAUAACAGAAAGAAAUCUGUUGUUAUCUGGUUUUGUUAGAUUAUUCCUUUAAAUAAAAAAUUAUUGUUUAAAUAAAAAAAUAUUAUUUAAAUUUUCCUAUAAUCUUUUAUAGCAACUUUUCAUAAUGCAUGGCAGAGUAAAAGUGAGAACUAGCGAGGAGCAAGCAGAGGCCAAAAAGAAGGAACAACAAGAAAAGCUAAAAAUCUACUCUUCAGUGACCUCUAAAAUUUUUAUAAAGAGAAAGAAUGAUGAGUUGGAUGAGGAAUUAUUAGAACUUACUCGAGGCAUUCUUGAAAAGAAUCCCGAUUUUUAUACCUUUUGGAAUUAUAGAAGAGAGACAUUGCUGCGCAUGAAAGAUCAAAAGUUACUAACAUUUUUAUUCUCAAAUAGGGAUGAUGAGGAGCUGAAGAAACUUAGUCUCUUGGAAUUGGAUCUCACUCAACAUUGCCUCAAAGUCAAUCCUAAAUCCUAUUCCACGUGGAAUCAUCGUUUCUGGGUCAUGGAAUUCAAUCCUGAUGCUGAUUGGAAGCGAGAGUUGAAACUUUGCAACUUUUUCCUCUCUCAAGAUGAACGCAACUUUCAUUGUUGGGAUUAUCGCCGCCUUGUUGCUAAGAAAUGCCUUAUCUCACCUGAAGAAGAGUUAGAGUACACGAGCAAGUUAAUAGAGUCUAACUUCUCCAAUUAUUCUGCCUGGCAUUACCGCAGUAAACUGUUACCCAUUAUUCACUUGGAUACUGUAACAGGAUCCAUCAAAGAAAAUGUAUUGCUGAAAGAGUUUGAGUUGAUACAAAAUGCCGCGUUUACCGAUCCUGAUGAUCAAAGUGUAUGGUUUUAUCACAGGUGGCUCUUAGGAAAAAAUUCAAUUCUUCAAAUUCUAAACGUUAGUGUCUUUAAACCUGAAAAAUCAAUCCUUGUGUUGCUUUCUGAACCUCUACAGGUUAACUCUCAGAAUUUAAAGUUGUAUGUUAAUGAUACCACAGUUCAUACUUGUUGGAGGUCUGUCAGUCAAAAUAUGCCUGUCUCAUCUGUUUGGUUAUGUGAUUUUCCACUUGAUCCUGUAGACACUAUUUCUUCUGUCACUGUUAAGCUUUCUGAGAGAGAUAUAGAAGAUAGUUUAUCUUGCUCUCUGGAUGGUAUUCUCUCCUCUACGUGGAAAAAAAGCAGCAGACGAGAUAUAUUUCGGUCUACAUUGAAUGCAGCAGCUAAAGAUGUUUUGGAGCAGGAGCUGGAAUCUUGCCAACAACUUAAUGAUCUAGAACCAGACAAUAAAUGGACAGUAUUUACUUGUGUUUUGUUGAUGCGAGCCCUGAAUGAUAGCAAGUUUGACGACCAAAUUGUAGAUUUCAUGAAUAAGCUGAUGAAAAUUGAUGCCUUACGCAAGAAUUAUUAUAAAGACUUGGGAAGUAAAUUUGUGAUUGAAAACAUGAUUGAGAGUCUCCCAGUUGAUGUGCGCUCCAUUGAUCUCUCCAAGAAUCAUUUAACCAGCCUCCAUCAUUUUGAUCACUUUCUCUUAAUAGAGCACAUAGAUUUAUCAUCCAACAAUUUAACUUCAAUCUACCCAUUCCAGUACUUAGUUUACUUAAAAAGUGCCAUUUUAGAUGACAAUCAGCUGACAACCUUCCAUGGUGUAGAGAACUUAAAGCACUUGAAAUCUUUAUCGGUACAACGAAACUGUAUAAAAGAACCAAAGAAUUUGAACAUUUUGAAAACCUGCUCAAGCCUUGAAGAAUUGUUCUUGCAAGACAACCCUCUAUUUCUCGAAGCAGAUUAUAAUAAAACCUUGUGUAUUUUUCAAAAUAAUGGACAAUUUCACUUUAAUGUAAAUUUUAAUUAAUUGUAAAAUUCAUAUUUCUAUGCAAGAUUGCCUAACUUACAGUUGUUGCUUUUCAUGCUUUAUACAUUGUUAAAUCAUUUAUUUUGCUGCUGAUAAAUAAAUUAUUUUUUACAUCUGUU